AUGGAAACUCAAGAGAACAGCAUUGAAAAUAGGAUAUCCCUUGAUACCCAUGAAACUAAUAUCUUACACCUUGAUUCUGCACAUAGUGGAAAUUCAACUGAAAGAAUUCCUCAUAUUGCUUCAGUCCAUAUCAAAAAGCUUGAGAAUAAGAUAAAAUAAAUAUAAAAGUGGAGAGCCGAAAACAAAAAAUACAAAGCCCCAAGAUCAUCCGAGUAAAGAGAAAGAAGAAGCUAUGAACACAGAGUUUCAAUCAAAAUAACUUAAUUAUUGAAUUAUUCUCUGAUUCGUAUGAAGAGCAAAACUCAGAUGGGACUCACUCAAAAUUUAAUGAAGGAACUCAGAUGAACAAUACCCAGUAUAUAAAUGAAAAUGCAAGGAUGUUUUGGAAGACAUCAGCACCUGUGAUUUUUCAGGAUAAAAUAAAGAGUAGCUCGCAGCUAAGGAAUUCAUCAACUAAUUCAAGACCAUCAACCAAGCCGAAGUAUUUUAAUGCCAGAAAAUAAUUCAAAGCAAACUGCGUAUAAUUCAUUGGAAAGGAAGAGGACAGAUCCUCCUCUUAAUAUUGCUUACAUUUACCUGAAUCCUACAUUCGAGGUAAAGACAAAUCAGACCAAGAAGCGAUUCAUUAUGAGUGGAGUUAAGACACUUAAAAAGAUGAAUCUUCAUUGAAGCAGACAAAGUGAUUAUUCUGAUUUAAAGCCAAUUCCAUUUAGAGAAAAAUCUAUUAAAAGAAGGCUAAUCCUCCGAUACCAGAAUAGCCAUAUUCAUGAGAAAAAUGCUUCCAGGAUCAGAAUGAAUAAAAACCUCAAUUAUGUCAACAGACAAAAGCAAAUUCGGAAAUUAAUAAAAGAUGUGAGAAUAGCCAGAGAGAAUUCAUUGACUGAUAGCAGAAAGAUCAUCGAUAAAGAAGAAAUCUUGGUUGAGCAUAAAUAAAAUAUCUCAAAGCAAAAGUAUUUCUCCAGAUAGAAAAUCACUCAAAAGUUCUCCUGAAAAUGGGAUCAAGAAAAAGAAAAGAGUCACUAUCAAAAAUUUACCAAUAAGCUAUGCUACUGCAGAGAGAAGCAUGAGCAAACUUGAGCCUAAAGUGGACCAGAAGAAUGCUGAUAUUGAAGAGGAGGAUUCAGGAAUUAUAGAAGAUACUAAAAUUGUAAUUGAAAAAAAAUAAAAAGGUCAAAAGAAAAGCUUUAAAUAUCACAAUGGAUGUUCUAAAAUGAAAACUUUAUAACAUAAAACUUGCUAAGAAAGCAGCAAAAAGUAACGAAAGAAAGAGCAUUCCAAAACUUGAGAAAAAGACGCCUCCAAAUUUUGAGAAGACAGUCAGAAUGAAUCUACUCAGAGAUAAGCCAAGAAUAACUAAAACUGCAGAGUCUAAAAUUUUAAGGGAGAAGACUCCUCAUUCUAUCAGCAUCAAAGCUUUUGAGUCUCUGAAUAAGACUCAUUCAAACAGGAAAUCUCUGGGAUUGGAGAAGACGGAACCUUGGAAAUAAGAGUGUGGUUAUAGAUAACUCCAAAGUUGUAGUCUCUCGGAAUCAUAAGAAUAUUUACAGGUCGAAAGCAUCUUCUGAGAAUACGAAGAAUUUUGCAUACCUAGGCUCUACUUUUAUGGACACUACGAAUGGUUUCAGGAAGAAGACAUUGAGAGAGAUUAAGGAAUUGAGUGAGAAGAGGAUUUGGAUGUAUGGAAUUGUAGGAGAGAAAAAGACAGCACUUUCAAGAGAAGGAAGACUUAAGAAGGGAUAAGAGAAAGGGACUUUAGAAGAUUGUAU